AUGGAUGUCACAUCCGCUUCGACGUCGCCGGCACCCUUCGUCUUUGGAGGGCGUUGUUGUCCCCUCAUCGACCCGGACGAGCGCAACCUUGCGAUCCAGCUAUUUGAGGAAACCACCGUGCACUUUGAAGACAUCCGGGCAGCUGAUAGCGGCCAUAAAACAGUCUCUCUAAUUAAGCUUAUGGAGCGUGAAGUUUGCGAAGAGAAUGCAUGGAAGCUGACGGACGCAAAGCGAUUGGCCCACCAUAAUCUAACAAUAUUCAUUCCGCACGUUAUCCACCUAUUUGGUGUUGAUAUUGAUCGACCGAAGAAUCCACCCACCCAACUUCAUGAGCUUCAUAGACGAUUCGGUAACUUCGAGAUUGGAUUUUGA